AUGGCGGGAUUAGAACUUAUCUUGUCUACUGUGUGCAACGCGACAUUUUGCGGAAGUAUAAAUGAUAAUCCAUUGCACGAUGUUAAACCAGUACGCCACCAGUUGGAAAAUUUUGUAAAUGGCAUGCAUCUGAGGAUUGGAACGUACAAUUAUCACCCUGACAAUUGGGUAGAAAAGACUGAAAAUGGCACAUAUUAUAUAGGCAGGGGAGUAGCAUUCGACUUGGUACAUAUAUUACAGAAGAAAUUCAAUUUCACUUACGAAGUUGUCGUUCCGGAAAAUAACAUGUUGUUUAGCGAUGACAGACCAGUGGAAUCCCUCAUUGGGCUUCUUCAAUCCAAACGUAUUGAUCUGGCAGCGGCAUUUAUUCCUAUUAUGAAAAACUCAGAUCAAUUUGUAUCAUUCUCAACGGUAAUUGAUGAGUGUAAGUGGAUGAUGAUGCUAAAACGCCCAAAGGAGUCGGCGGUUGGUUCUGGACUUCUUGCACCUUUUAACGAAACUGUUUGGUUAUUAAUCCUGGCAGCAGUUAUGAUAUAUGGACCGUGCUUGACACUGCUAACAAAGCUUCGUAGUAAGUUAAUGCCAGAAGAAGAGGAUUAUAUACGCCUGUCUCCGAGCUUUUGGUUCGUGUAUGGAGCUUUUAUUAAGCAGGGUACCUCGUUGACUCCUUCUGCAAACACAACCCGCGUUUUAUUUGCGACAUGGUGGCUGUUUAUAAUUUUAUUAUCAGCAUUCUAUACAGCGAAUUUGACCGCUUUUUUGACCUUAUCGAAAUUUACUUUGGACAUAGAAACAGUUCAGGAUUUGUAUACGAAAAACUAUCGAUGGGUUGCUCCAGAAGGUGGCCCUGUGGAAUAUGCUAUCAAAAACCCGGAUGAAGAUAUACAUUUCCUACUAAAAACAGUUGCGACCGGACAAGGUAGUUUUCUGUCAGUCAGAGAUACUUCCUCGUUGCUUACUUACGUAUCCGAAGGAGCGGUGUUAGUCCAUCCAAGCGCUGCACUAGAAUACAUUAUGUACCACGACUAUUUACAAAAAACCAGGCUGGGCGUACCUGAAGCUGAAAGAUGCACGUACGUAGUUGCACCUGGUGUGUUCAUGACCAAAAAGAGAGCUAUAAAGCGCGUAAAAUAUUCGGGAAUUCUUUCGCACCUCUCUCAGCGUUACUUACCCGAUACUAAGAUUUGUCCUCUGGACUUAAAAUCAAAAGACAGGCAGUUGAGAAACACAGAUCUCCUGAUGACUUAUUACAUCUUGAUGACGGGAUUAGCUGCUGCUGUUGCUGUCUUCCUUGCAGAAAUAUCCCUAAAACGCUUCAUUCUCCCCAAAAGUGACGCCAUACGUCCAAGGUUCUGUCAACAGAGAGAAAUAAAGAUUGAACCAGCUAUAUUUGAUGACAGCCGUCCGCCGCCAUACGAGUGUUUGUUCGGAAAAACCAAAGGAGAAUCGAAGAAGAAGUUCAUCAAUGGCAGGGAGUAUUGGGUUAUAAAGAAAGAGAACGGAGAGACUAGACUCAUUCCUGUGAGGUCGCUGUCGGCUCUCUUAUAUCGAUAAAUUUUCGAUUUAACGUUGAUGGUUGUCUGUAAUUUUUAAUAAUAAUAACACUUUUACAUCACAAUACCACAAAACAGUAGAAAAAUAAGAUAAAUAAAUGAAGAUGUAAAUGGGCGGUCUAAAAAAAGUUUCUUGCAGACAUUUAUACCUCUUAUUUAAA